UUAAAAAUAAGAAGAUGGCCUCCGUAGAGCUUUCGCAGGUGUAUGUGCCUGUAGCGAAUUACUGUGUCCAGAUGAUGAACUCUCUUAAUGAGUUUCGGAAACACAACAUCUUGUGCGAAGUGGUGAUCGUGGUAAAUGGCAAGCAGUUUUUCGCUCAUCGGAAUGUUUUAGCAGCGAGUAGUCCCUAUUUCCGGGCGAUGUUUUCUAGUAAUAUGCGAGAGCAUUUGGAAAACAAGCCAGUGAUUCUAGAAAACAUCACUGCGGAAAUAAUGGAUGAGUUGUUAAAUUUCAUCUACACCGGAAGCAUCAAGAUUACUCCUUUCAACGUGAAGGAUUUUGUUUCCGCUUCAAAUUAUCUCAUGAUGACGAACUUGAAGGAGACUUGUAUAUCAUUUAUGAAAGCCAUGCUAAAUCCCGCCAAUUGCUUGGGUAUCGAAGCUACUGCGUUUAAAUUCGAUUGCAGUGCUCUCAGAAGCACAGCUAGUCAAUAUGUCUACGAUAAUUUCGUUGCUGUUUCGCAAACGGAUGAAUUUAAAUUGCUCUCGGCUGACCGUUUAGCGGAGUAUCUCAGCAGUGAUGACAUUCGAGUCGAGCGCGAAGAACAAGUUUUCGAAUGUCUAAUGCAGUGGAUAAACCACGAUAUAGAAACGCGUAGAGGCUUUUUUAAACAACUUUCUCAACAUGUACGUUUUCCGCUUAUUUCCCCUUACUACUUAGCGGAUCAUGUGGAAACUGAAGAGAUCGUACUUUCAUCUCCUGAAUGCACAUCGUUGCUUCUAGAAGCAAAGAACUACCACAUGCUUCCUGAUCGGAGACAUCUGAUCAAAAGUUCUAGAACAAAACCUAGAAGAUCUAUGGGUGUAAUUUCAGUUAUAUUUGCUGCUGGAGGAAUUCAAGGAUCGACUGUUAUGAGAGACACUUUUGGGUUUUUCCCUGCAGCCAACAGAUGGAGUCCGUUAGCGCACAUGAUCAUAGCGCGAUGUAGACACGGACUGGCCGUCACUGGUGACAUGGUGUAUGCAGUUGGUGGCCAGUCACGGGAAGGUGCUGCUCAGAGUUCUCUGAACUCAGUGGAAAGAUAUGAUCCUAGAACAAACACAUGGACAAUGGUUGCACCCAUGAAUAUGAGGCGCAGUCUCCUCAAUGUUGCUGUACUUGAUGGAAAUAUGUAUGCUGUGGGUGGCUGUGAUGAGAGUAACUUCCGACUCAACAGUGUGGAACGAUACAAUCCAUCAACAAACACUUGGACAUUUACAGCUCCCAUGACCACUUGUCGAAGCAGUCCAUGUGUGUUAACAUGCCGUGUACUGUAUGUAAUCGGUGGAGUGAGCUAUGUGGGAAUGUCGCUUAACACUGGAGAGUAUCUUGACCCCAUGACAAAUACAUGGAGGGCAAUUGCCACUAUGCAUUACAAGCGAGCUAGUGCUUCAGGAGCAGCAACAAAUGGGAAGAUCUAUGUCAUUGGUGGCUGGGAUGGUUCUGUUCAUCUGAACAGUGGCGAGGUUUAUGAUCCCGAUAUAGACCAGUGGUCCUUGAUUGAACCUGCCAGCACUGCCAGAUGGGAUGCUGGGAUAGCUGUAGAGAGUGAAAAAAUCUACAUUGUUGGGGGAUGUGACAGGAAUGCACUUUGCACUUUGGAAACGGAGUGCUACAACCCUGAUAAAGACAGGUGGAGUAAGGUGGCAUCCCUGCCAGUUGCAACACAUGGAAUUAAGUGUUGUACCAUCCAGCUUCCUCAUAAAUUUGCGUAGCUAUCUCAGCAUGUGCAGUUUGUUGCUCAAUCCUGCAACUCCUAAGAUGUGAUCAGUAAUUUUCUCUCCAGGAAGCUGUAUGUUUCCUAAUAAAUUAGUUCCAACUAUUUGACAUUAUAUUAAGAUGGUACUUCUAGGAACAAAAGGGUUCAAAACUGCACAUGCACAGAACUAGGUAGACACAGGAUAUGAUAUAUUUCACUAAGGCAAAUUGCUAUCUCAGCAAUUACAAUUUGAUUGACCAGCCCAAAAGGUGUCAUUUUGUUGCAUUGUCAGGUGAGGGUAGGCAAGCGGUAGCUUAGUGCAAGGGGAGGGGCCCCUCUACUUUUCUCUUCCCUCCCUACCUCCCCUCUGAUUGGCUUUGUUCCCCUGCAAGAAAAAAUGCAUCUCUUCCGCCACGAGAAAUGCACCUGUGUGUGCAAAUUGUAUGAUACUGACCUGGGAAUUGGUCUUCAAUCUUGUUAUCAGGCCCAAGUCAACGUGUAAAUUUUUGUUACUGUUUAUAUUUUUAAAGUUAGGGGUAGUACAGUAUUCUUAGUGAUCAGUUCCUCGAUACUGUGCCAAUAUUGAUUGGAUAAAUUUAAUACUGUUUGCCUAUGGGAUUUUGAAGUCAGAUAUGAAUUGCACUUAGUUGUGGGACACAUGUUGUAAAUACUCAUUUCUUAUACCAUGUCCAUUGUACUGAAAAUGUGAAUAGCCUAUUGAGUUUAGAUCUUGUCUUAUAUUUUAAUCUCCACAGGAAUGUUAUUUACUAGAGAGAAUUGGCAUGUUUGGGGAACACAGUGUAACUGUGUUCGGUGAACAGUUUUAAUUUUAUUUUCAACAGAGAAGUAAUUCACUUACGGUUAGUUGUAUGAAAAAAGCCCAGAUACGGAUUUUUAGCAUAUUGAACAUUUUUUUCAAUGAUAAAUGGCAAUUUAAAGUGCUGACUCUUUUUGAUUUCAUAAGGCCUCAUUCAAUUUUAAUGCUUCACUUUCCCCAAAAAAUUUAUUUCAAUUAAAAGGUUAGAUAAAGAAAACUCAAUAAUAUUGUAUUUUGGGUGGGGAGUAAGGG